UCAGCCGGGCUGCUGGAACCUGCGUGCUGUCGCGCUGCGUUUCCAUGCCGACGGCGGCCGCCCCCCGAGAAGCAGAGGGUAGCUUUGCUGCCGUGUUUGUUACCCGAUGAAGCCCAUUGCGGGGGGCUGGGCAGACAGCCUUGCCACAGAGGCCCGUGCUGCAGCAGGAUUGACAGCACGACUCCUUUUGUUUCUCCUUGAGCCCUGGCCAGGCUUCGCGGAGAAAACCGAGAGGAGAAAGAGGGCACCGGCUGUUCCCCCGGACUGCUCCGUCGAUUGGUUUAUUACGUGCUAGAAAGGCUGGAGCUGCUUGCAGCAGCUCUGGAUGCCUCACCCGUGGGAUGGAUGCAUUGCUGAUGGAUGCAACUUCCCCGUGGCUGGGAGAGGUUCUCCAGAUCCUCGUUGCAAAUGGGCUCCCCAGUGGCUGCGGCUCUGGGUGAUGGUUAAAUACUGGGGCAAUUGGUGUUGUACCUUCCUUCAUCGCUGCGCUCACGUGGCAAGGAGCAGGCCCACUGCCUUGCUUACUGCCUUUACUGCUAGCUUCUCCUUUGGCUACAGACGCUGCCAGUAUUAUUGUUUCUACUAUUUUGUCGUAGGCAGUAAAAUAAGCCUAUCCCAAAGAUGUUGGUGUCUUUGUUCUCCCUGUUGAGCCCAUCAAGUGGCACAACAGCAUCAGCACAUGAUGGGCACGUAACUUGGACAUCAGCAACGUGACUUGAAAGGCCAGCAUCGGGAACGUCUCCUUUGGAGAGAGACUGAGAGGUUUGGGCUCGUUGAGCCCGGAGAACAGAAGGCUCUGGGGAGACCACGUGGCUGCCUUUCAGCACACGGGGCCUCACAGAUCACCCAGUUCCAACCCCCUGCUGCGGCCAACAGCGAGAUCAGGCUCCCGGUCAGGUUACCCAGGGUGCCAUCCAGCCUGAAUUUGAACACCCCUCAGGACGGGGUGCACACAGCGUCUCUGGGCAGCCUGUGCCAGCAGCUCACCAGCUUCUAAGUGAAAGACUUCCCCUGGACGGGUUUAUUUUUCUGAUGUGUGUGGGUGAGGUUUCUUUGCUCUGAAGUGCCUACAACUCGCAGAACUUGGUAGAAAAGCAUUUCUGGAACUUGGAAACCCUGCUCGAAAGGCAACAGAGCAUCUCCAAAGGCACCAGCUGUGCCUGCGUAUGCCGGAUGACGGGAAUCCUUCUGCAGCCUCUCUUGCCAGCGUCUGUUGCCUCCACGGCACCUGCUGGCAUCUCAUCUGCCUGCAGAUACCACGAUGUAACACUCAGGCUAUGGGAGAGUCGGCACUGAGCAACAUUUGUGUGGGCUCCAGCAGAAAGAGUGCCGUGUGAUGCAUGGCAAGCACGGUGCAGGGCUGACCGCCUCUCGCGCUCACCACCCAGCCUCUGUUGAGCUGAAUUCAGCCUCUGUGACACGUGGCAGGUUCUUGUGCCAUUUGCCGAGUAAACCAUGGCGACUGUCGAUAAUGAUAUUUCAAGCUCGUGAGGUGUGUGUGCCUGAGAACGCACAGGGUUUUGUUUAUUUAGCAGACGUGAAACAACUUCUCUUACUAAACCAUUAAAGUUAGGCUUGCGUUCUUUCGUAAAACAAUUCAGUAAGUUAACUGGAACUCCUCCUGGAAGAGGAGCUCCCCUCUCCGUGCCGGUGACCUAACAGAGCUCCAGGUGACACGGGCUGAUGUCACAAUGCCUAACAGAGCUCCAGGUGACACGGGCUGAUGUCACAAUGCCAUGCUCUGCAUCACAAGCUGAUCUUCCCCGGGGCAGCGGCAGGGCCGGCACUUCCCUGCAGGGCCUGGGCGCUGCUGCAGCACUGCUCAGGGGCUCUGUCCUUCUGUGGCCAGGAGUCGAUUCCGGGGCAGCCAGGCUGCACUGGGUGACCCUCGCUGACGCGUGGAGGAGCAGGGGCGCUUUGCAGAGAAUUGUUGGUUGGUUGAGGAGCCUUGUUGGUGGAGGCCAUCCUUAGUUCUGAGCUGAGGCUGUUGGCAAGCCACAUGGAAGGCUGCUGGACUGUGAGCGUCAGCUCAGAGCUGGCCUCCGCGUUCCCAACGCUGCUGGAACUCUCUGCCGAAGAGAUUGUGGCGGUCUGGGACGCUGUGUCUCAGUACAUCCUGGAACAGAUGAAGCUGGACAAGGGAGUCCUGGUUCCGGGACUCGGGAUCUUUGCUGGGGUCCGAGAGCAAUUCCACAGCAAAGAAGAGGUGCUUUCAGUCCGAAGACCUGUCUUCGAACUGAACAUCAGGGUGCUGUGGCUGCCGGACCUCCAGUCUCCCAGCGACAUCAUCCCUGACAGCGUCAAGAUUGAGCCGCUCAACUACCGGCAGCUCUCGCGAGCCUCCGGCGUCCCGCUGCACUUGGUGCUGCGCUGCGUGCGGGAGAGCGUGCUCCUGUACUGUCACCUCCUGAGGAACAAGACGCCCGUCCCGUUUGUGUUCAAGAACCUCGGCGUUAUGACCUGCCAGGACAACUUCCUCUGCAUGAGGUUCUUCUGCACCUGCGUUGAAACGCUGGAGAGCAAUGCCCCCGUCCUUGCACUGAUCCACACCAGAUUCUGGACGGAAGAUCUUGCUGACUUCGGGCCAGAGAUCAGCGCCCGUGGGAUCCGCGUGUUCCCGAGGUUUCAGCUCACCAUGGAAAAGAGCAGAGCAGAGGCUGCUGCAGACAAGAAAUCCGCAAUAGAGCGGAAGCUGAGUAGAGGGGUCUCUGCCAGCAGGCUGCUGCCGAGGCGGAAGACACUUACCCCCCCCAUGCUGCAGCGCGAGCCAGGCUCAAGGCAGCAAGAGUUGGCAAAGGAGCCUUCUGCCAGCGCGCUCCCACUGUGUGCAGGCAGCUUCCGCAGGACAAAGAAAGGAGAACAGAAGGAAGCAUCUACUGCCCAGACCAGCGCUGCACUCCCUGCCACUGAGGAGUCUAAGAGAGUGCUGCAGGAGCUCCGGAAAGUGUCUGCACUGUGGAAAGAAGCAGACCACACGUGGCCCAUGCACCAGCAGCAAAUAGAGCAAGCACGGGCAGAAAUGGCGGCAUGGGAAGGCUGGAGCGCAGGGAAGGACCAGCGUCCGCCCCAGCUGUUGGCCAGGGAGAGCGUGUGUGUUCCGCAUCCUCCAGCCCAGCCCAGGGGACAGAAAGAGGGAAGGAGGUGGAGGAAGGACGUGGAUCCUGUGCCAGCAAGUAAAAUGGGGACAGCGACCAAGCUGGCACUGCAUGCUGACCUCCUUUCCCCGCGAGCGGCUCAGGUGCUCCAGAAGUUGGAGCCGCACCUCCAUCAGCAAGAGGCUUUUGCCGGCACCGCAGAAAGAAACCGGCAGAAGCUGGAGCUGAAGCGGCAGUUCCCCAGGGCUCGAUGCUCGCACCGCUCCAGAGAGGAAGGUGCAGCCAACGGUGGUAACCGCGGUGGAGCUGUUGGCCAGGGGGCUGGGAAGCCGUCCAGAUUUCCACCUGUGAAUGGAAGAUCAUAGGAUCAAAGACUGGUGGGAUGGCCUGGGUGGAAAAAGGACCUUGACGAUCGUCUGGUUUCAACCCCCCUGCCAUGUGUGGGGUCACCCACCAGCAGACCGGGCUGCCCAGAGCCACAUCCAGCCUGGCCUUGAAUGCCUCCAGGGGCAUCCACCACCUCUCGGCCAGCUGUUCCAGCACGUCACCACCCUCCUUGUGAAGAACUCCUGCUAACAUCUAACCAGAUUAUCCCCCCUUUCACAGUUAAAACCACUCCCCCUUAUCCCACCACUAUCCAGCCUCGUCAACGGCUGUUCCCCCUCCAGUUUACAUCCUCCCUUCAAGAAUUGGAAGGCCACAAUGAGGUCUGCCCGGAGCCUUCUCCUCACCAAGCUAAACAAGCCCGGUUCUCUCCACCUUUCUUCACAGGAGAGGUGCUCCAGCCCUCUGAUCAUCUCAGUGGCCCUCCUCUUGAUCCAAGAGCUCUGCGUCUUUCUCAUACCGGGGUUCCAGCUCUGGACGCAGUACUUCCAAUAAAAAUGA